AAUUCUUGAUUAUUCCAAAUUGUAUUAAACAACUUAAUUAUAUUAUAUUUUGUAUAUUUCUUAGUACAACAUUAAGGAUAUGUACCAUACAUACAAAGGAAUAUUAGACACAUGGGUUCCUAAUUCAGAUAAUCAGCCACCAGAUGACUGCAUUGCCUUUAAACAAGAACUUAUUCAAGAACACAAUAAUAUAUUUAAAAAUAUGCAUUGUUCACAAGCUAAGCACUAUUUAAAUAAUGUUGAAAGAAUCCGUAACCCCAAUAAUAUAAGUAACGCAUGUAAAUACUUCUUAUAUUGGUUAUAUAUUAUAGUUCUCAAGAAGGAUUUAGAAAAACAUAAAAUCUUAAAAAUAUACAAAGAUGUGCUAACAGCAUAUAUAGACGAAUCUGGUAAUGAGAAUUUUAGAAAUUAUGUAAACUUCUUUAGUGAAGAAACCAUAAAAAAAAUCAUAAAAUUAACAGAAAUGUAUGACUACUUUUAUAAGUUUAAAGAAGAACAAAUAUCUCACGAAAAUGUUAAAUGUAAUCAUGCAGAAAAUUGUAUUCGUUUAUAUAAUGAAAAUAUAAAAGUAUGUGAAGAAGGCAAUGACUAUGAUUUUUGUUAUGAAUUAGAUAAUUUGAAAGAAAGUUAUGAUACAUAUAUGAAGUCUUACGAAGGUUGUCGUAAUUUACCAAAAACUUUAGAAUCCUACAGACUCUACAACCCAGCAACAGUUAUAAUAACCCCAUUUUCUAUAUUAUUAGUAAUGAGCCUUUCCUUAUUUUUUUUGUAUAAGUUUACUCCAUUUGGAUCAUUCUUUCGAAAAAGAAGAAAAAAUAAGAAAAAAAUACCAGAUAAUCUAGAUUAUGAAACGCAUUUUCCACCACAUACAUCUCAAAGGGUCAACAACUAUAAUAAUAACAGACAAUAUAAUAUAUCAUAUUUAUCAUCAGGACAAUAA